CCGUUUCGUUCCCUAGCACACGCACGCAGAAUGAACGCUCCCCAAAUUCUUGACAACGCUCUCGACGCUGUCGGCAACACUCCUCUUAUCAGACUUGACAGGAUUGCUCAGCAGGAAGGUCUCAAAUGCAAUCUUCUCGCCAAGGUUGAGUACACAUCGGCGGGAGGGUCGGUCAAAGACCGAAUCGCAAAGGCGAUGGUCCUCGCUGCUGAGCGCGACGGCAAACUCAUUCCUGGGAAAAGUGUCGUCAUUGAGCCCACCUCGGGCAACACAGGUAUUGGCCUCGCAAUGGCCUGUGCCAUCAAGGGAUAUGCAGUUAUCAUAACCAUGCCCAACAAGAUGUCACUCGAGAAAGAAGCCCUCUUGCGUGCUCUAGGUGCAGAGGUGGUUCGGACGCCCGACUCAGCCGCUUGGGACUCUCCAGAGAGCCACAUAGGAGUGGCGCAGAAACUCCAACGUGAAAUACCUUAUGGUAUCAUUCUCGACCAGUACCGCAACGUGAAUAACCCUCUGGCGCACGAGUUCACCACGGGCCCCGAGAUCAUCGAGGCUGUUGCGAACACCCCGUCCACGUCCGCGAGGCCCUCUACGCAGAAGGUCGAUGUCUUCAUUGGGGGUGCCGGGACUGGUGGUACAAUCUCCGGUAUAUCUCGUGCCCUCAAGAAGUCGCAUAACUCCAACUGCCACGUCGUCGGGGUUGACCCUGUUGGAAGCAUUCUCGCGCUUCCUAGUAAAUUAAACAAUGCGGGCGAGGGUUCUGCUUACGUUGUGGAGGGCAUUGGCUACGACUUCGUACCUGAUGUUCUUUCCCGGGAGCCUGGCGUGGUUGAUAGCUGGGUCAAGACAACAGACGCAGAAGCGUUCCCGGCUGUCCAGCGCAUCAUGCGUAGCGAGGGUCUGUUGGUUGGCGGUAGCAGUGGUGCAGCCCUCGCCGGUGCCCUGAAGUGGCUGAAGUCUGAGGAGGGUCGACCUUUCGCUGAAGCGAAGGGCAAGAAUGUCGUCGUGCUUCUUGCUGAUGGUAUCCGUAACUACAUGAGCAAAGAUUGGUUCCUCGAUAUGACAAUGCACGCUGAGGCCCGCCCUCUGGCCAGUGUCAUUUCCCAAGUUCUGGCUUCGAAAUCAGAAACUCCUGCCCUUUCCGUUGUCCGUCCUAAUCUGUAGAGGACGAUCUUUGUGAGGGCUCAUUGUAUCACAUUUCUUGGUUUCUGCUCGGACUCUAUCACGCAUCUUCACUUGGUUUCAUCUUUUGUUAUUCAUUAAUAAGUAUCCUCCACUCGCGUUACGAUCAGCACAUUCUUCUCUCCACAUAUACAAGCAUCAUGGUCUUUGUUAUCUGAUUCGUGUGCAAAUAGAACUCUUCUUGUGACCUCG